AUGUCCCGUCCGGUUUGGGUUGACUGGAGGCAGAAAAAACACUUGGCUUUGGGAUUUUGCAUUUUCGAGGCAGAUAUUUCUGCUCAGCUGUUGUCUGUGGAUAGCUUUGGCGGCUUCGUGCUAAUCAGACUAACAUCAUGUGGAAAGCUUGAAGCUCAACCUUACCAUGCAGCAUGGGAACCAGAGAAGUUUCAGGGGCACAAGCGGAAAAGUGCUGAUAUGGAGGAGAAUCGUUUACACGACGCAAUGGAGUUGGAAUACGAGGGGGUCAAGAAAAUGCAGCACAUCGACCUGAGUUUUCUUGAAGCCUUCUUUAGAGGCAAUCUAGAAAAAUGCAUCGUCAGCAGGAGAGAGAAAAUCGAGGAAAGUGAUGAAGGUGCCGGGUCCAGAAAAGAGCAUUUGGAUAAUUCGGAUCGGAAUUUUCAUAAGGAAAUGUGCCACAAGCUGAAGAAUCUCGGGCCUCUGGAGGCCCGAUCAUUCGUUGGGAUCUCAGCCGCGUUGGGUGGCAUCAGCUGGCCUACAAGCGUACACGAGAUUGGUCUCAUGGGUGUGUUUGCUGCUCUGCCCGUGGGUCUGUUGCCAUCCGCGUUUGCUGUCUACUCAGAUUUCGAUGUGGAUCACGGCAAUGAGCCCCUCGAGUUUCUCGAUAUUCCAGACCAGCCCCAGGCCCCGCCUUUCCAUUUCAGGAGGCCGUCCUUCCGCAGCAAUCAGUGGUCAACCAAAGUUCAGCCCCCUGAUGCCCUUGUUGGCCCAGUAAUCCCUCCCCUUUUCUUGACUGCCCUAUACAGGCUCUUAGUCGAAGAGCGCAAAAGCAAAAGAGAGCUUUACCUGGAAGAAUCGGAAGCUUUCUCAACACACGUUCAAUUCAAAAGUCAGUGCGAGAAGGUUAUGGAGGCUGUCAGGGAGCACAUUGCUGAAAAUCGGGAAGACGAUUAUGUGUCGCUUGCGGAUGACAUUGAGAGUAUGGCAAGUCUUACUCAAAAAUCGAAGUUCUCUUUUUACAAGCCGUCUGCUUUUUCAGAAAGUCCACCUUGUGUCGAAAAGUGGGAACCCGGGCCCAGAAGUUGUAUAUUCUCAACCCAUGUUUUUGGGAGAAGCGAAUUCAUGGAGUCUGAUAAUGGUCUAGAAAUCGUGGGGAAGGAGCUGUUUGAUGCGGGCUGCCCGAUCAGGUUGAAAUUUGAGGAUUUUAAUACUGAUUUUGGACCAAAGGAGUUGGAAACAUUGCGGAAUUUGAAGCAGCAGGAUAUGGAUUUCCAAAGAAGUUUUAAGCCAUAUCAAGAGAGUAUAAAGUCUGCUGUAGAAAUUCCCCGUGACAGUGUUUUGAAAUCAGCAUUGGCCGGAGGGCUUUCUUGUGCAUUAUCUGCAUCUAUAAUGCACCCUGUUGACCCAAUUAAGGUGACAUCGGCAGCCCUUGGAGAGCUAUUUCAAGCUGUACGAGCAAUUAUGGGAUGGCUUAGUGACUGUGCUAAGGUUAUUGCUUCAGAAAAUGAACCUGUACGUUGGACAACACCACUCGGCUUACCUGUCGCACAACCAUACUUCAAAUCUCGGCUUUGUGCAGUUGUCCAGCGGAUUAUAGGCCGGGAGCUGCAGCCUUGGAAAACGGUGGCUGUUGGGGCUCUGCUAACUGCCGUCUUAACAACUCCAAUCGACGUUAUAAAAACGAGGAUGAUGGUUGCUAGUCACGAACAAACUGCAAAAGUAUCGUUUAUAGCGAUCUCGAUUUUGCGCCAAGAAGCCGAUCGGGCUUUUCAAAGGGGCCGUCCCUCGGAUCUUCUGGGUCGCGUCACUUGGCGCCAUGAACUAUUCCGGUUAUGA